AUGGUCAUUACGUUUGUUUGUCUUCCCCUAGCUGGUGUUUGGCGUUUAUCUCAAUAUGGUGUUAAUCCACCUGCUGCCAGUGUUGUUGCAUUACUCGCAUUAUUUUCAUAUGUAUCAUCAAUUACUAUGAUUGGAGUUGCAUUUUCAAUGGUUGCUACAUUACGUCACCCAAAAUUAUACAAAUAUAUUUGUUCACACAAUAUUCGUGAUUACUUAAGUUUUUACCCGCAUUUAUUUAUGUAA